AUAUAAAUAGUCACUAACAUCAACAAAGUAGAGUUCAUAGAAGAGAUUGCGCAGAACAGCAUGAAGAUUUUUCUUCUUUUAGUGGCUUUUGAGCUUUGUUGGGCUCAAUACAACCCAAAUACAAAGGCUGGAAGAACAUCUAUCGUCCACCUCUUUGAAUGGCGUUGGGCUGACAUUGCUCUGGAGUGUGAGCGCUAUCUAGCACCUAAUGGAUAUGGUGGAGUUCAGAUCUCCCCUCCAAAUGAAAACAUUGUCAUUACAAAUCCAUGGAGGCCAUGGUGGGAAAGAUAUCAGCCUAUCAGCUACAAGCUAUGUUCACGAUCUGGAAGUGAGAAUGAAUUGAUAGACAUGGUGACCAGAUGCAACAAUGUUGGAGUACAUAUUUAUGUUGAUGCUGUGGUCAAUCACAUGUGUGGCUCUGGAGGUGGGGCAGGCACCCAUUCUACUUGUGGAAGCUAUUUUAAUGCAGGUACGCGUGACUUCCCUGCUGUCCCAUACUCAGCCUGGGACUUCAACGAUGGGAAAUGCAAGACCUAUAGUGGAGAGAUUGAAAGCUACAAUGAUAUUUACCAGGUCCGUGACUGUCGGCUUGUUAGUCUUCUCGAUCUUGCACUAGAGAAGGACUACGUACGCUCCACAGUUGCUAACUAUAUGAACCGCCUGAUUGACAUUGGAGUAGCAGGAUUUCGGAUUGAUGCUUCCAAGCAUAUGUGGCCUGGGGACAUGAAAGCAUUUUUAGACAAACUAAACAAUUUGAACACUCGAUGGUUUGCUCAAGGAACAAGGCCAUUCAUCUUUCAAGAGGUGAUUGAUUUGGGUGGAGAGGCCAUCUCAGCCAGUGAAUACUUUGGAAAUGGCCGGGUAACAGAAUUCAAAUAUGGUGCAAAACUAGGGACUGUCAUCCGUAGAUGGAAUGGAGAAAAGAUGGCUUAUCUAAAGAACUGGGGAGAAGGCUGGGGCUUUAUGCCUUCUGAUAGAGCUGUUGUCUUUGUCGAUAAUCAUGACAACCAGCGAGGACAUGGUGCUGGGGGAGCUUCCAUUUUGACUUUUUGGGAUCCCAGGCUCUACAAAAUGGCAGUUGGUUUCAUGCUUGCUCACCCCUAUGGUUUUACACGUGUCAUGUCAAGUUUCCGCUGGUCAAGGCAUUUUGAGAAUGGAAAGGAUGUCAAUGACUGGAUUGGCUCCAGCAAUUCUGAUGGGUCAACUAAAUCAGUUACUAUUAAUCCAGAAAACUGUGGCAACGACUGGGUCUGUGAACAUCGAUGGCGUCAGAUAAGGAACAUGGUUAUUUUCCGCAAUGUUGUCGAGGGACAGGCGUUUACCAAUUGGUGGGACAAUAACAGCAAUCAAGUGGCAUUUGGUCGUGGAAACAAAGGAUUCAUUGUCUUCAAUAAUGAUGAUUGGAACUUGUCUGAAACAUUGCAAACCGGCCUUCCUGCAGGCACAUAUUGUGAUAUCAUUUCUGGCGAGAAGGAGGGGAAUAACUGUACUGGAAUUAGAAUUGAAGUCCAAGGUGAUGGCAAAGCUUAUUUUCAGAUUAGCAACAGUGCUGAAGACCCAUUUGUUGCAAUUCAUGUUAAUGCUAAAUUAUAAUUUGAACCUAACAAAUGUCCUUCCUUGAUCUUGCUUUCCUCCAUAACUGGACUGAUGUAGGAAUACGGAUUCCUUUAAAAAUGAGAAUAAAUGGUUGCAAUGUCCAAUA